AUGUACCCAUUUAAAGCUGCAUCCGACCAGAAGAAGAGGAAAGUGUUCAGCGGCUUCCAGGAAAAACCAGUGCAAUGUGAGCGAUUGCCGAGCGCACCGCAAUGCUCCGGUGCUCCGGAAGGUUGUAUGGGGGCAACGUGGUUAGCCGGCUUUCAUGCGUACAUGGUCGAGGAGAGCACAGAGGCGACAUUGUAUGAGUUCACACUUUUAAAUAAAUCGAGUUCUCAUCUUGUAUCAUUCAACAGCCAUCUUCAAGUAGCGUAUUCACGACAAAAGAGUGAUCAAUAA